CAUAGAGUUAGACCAAAACAGCGCACACACAGACUUGGAGGCUCGAUCGGGUAUUGGGGACAAUGGGUCGCACGCAGCGUCGCCGGCAUCAGAGGGCCAAGAAGUCUGACGAGGAUUCGGGUUCCCUGCACGACCUCUACGUUCAUCUGCACUCCGUUGGCUGGCAGAACCACACUCACUUGUCUGCCCAAUACUACGAACAGACAGGUCGAGGACUAUGCUCUAAACAGGACAGCUUUUCCCCGGAGGAUGAGCUUAUUCGCCUACCCGUUGCUUGUCUCAUAAGCAUAGCGACUCUGGAAUCUGAUGGGCCAUUCAAAAGUCUCUUCAACGAGGAGUUAUUUGACAAGGACUCCAGAAUUUCCUUUCAGGCACUGAUAGCCUGUUAUAUUUUGUACCACAAGCACCUGCAGGAGUGUUCGCUAGGGACCCACUCCUCUACUUACGCUGCUUAUUUGGACACCCUGCCCAGGUGCUACUCCACUCCGUAUUUCUGCUCCAUACCCGAGCUACAGUGUCUGCCAGAAUCCCUGCUAGAGCGGACCGUGGCCCAGAACCGUCAGAUAAGAGGUUACUUUGAAAUAAUGAAGAACAUUGUACACAACUGCGAUUGCUGUGGGAAGAGCUACGGCCAUGAGAUUUGGACACUCGCACACUUUAAGUGGGCCUACUUCAGCGUAAACACCAGAAGCGUCCACCUUAGUUCCCGCUUUCUGAAAAAGCAGAGCAACUACUUUCAGCCGCUUAUCAGUGGCGACACCAACUUGGCAUUGGCUCCGUUCCUGGAUCUUUUUAACCACUCAGAUCAAGUGGACAUCACAGCGGGGAUUGAAGGUCCUGAUUACGUCCUAACAUUAAAAUCUCUACCAUUUUCCAAGACCAAACCAUAUGAUCAAUUGUUCAUCAGCUACGGUGCUUUGCCCAACUUUAAGCUAUUGACAGAAUAUGGCUUUUGGCUACGAGGAAAUAAACACGAUUACUUUGAAGUGUCCCUGCUGGACAUUGAGCACAUGAUUAAGCACAACAAGGAGCUAUCAACGCAAACCUUUCACCGGAACAUCUUUAAAUUCAUCAGGGAGCACAAUCUGAACGAUCAAAUGUUCGUGCACAUCGACGAUGGAUGCUCUCACAACCUAAGGGUGGUGCUGCACCUGAUCUUCAAGCAGCAGGCCUACUUUCCCAACAUCCUCAAUCAGAUUGCCUUUGGAGACGCCGAGCAGUUUCAGGACGUGCAGCCAGAGCUGUCGUACCUCGUAGAAUACAAAAUAAAGGAAUACGAGAUAUUUGGUAGAGAGCUGGAUAAGCUUCCCAAACUGACGGAAAGUGGUGCAGUAGCACGGUCUUACCUCCAAGAGUGUAUCCGUUACCUCGCUGACUUUCAAUCGGUGCAUCUAGCUACAUAGAAGCUGUAUAGGCUGAGCUUAGAAUUUACAACAAGGCAUUGAAAUGAAUAAUAAUAGUUAUUAAAGAAGAACUACUUAAGUUUAUAUUGUUCGAGGCAUUUACAUUUUUGUAAUAAAUCACAGAAAAUUUAAACUUUA